UCUUUGUAAAGGAGACGCCAUUUUGCAAGCGUCACUUGGCGGCGUGUCGGGUUUCGGCAUUUUAAACCGAAAUACCUAUAAUCAAAUAUUGUUAUUGUUUUGUUUUUGUGUAAUAUGUCGUAUCAAUCCAGUGUAGCGCAGGAUACAUUAGCUGCGGCACAAUUGGAAAUGGCCGGUAACCCCAACGCAUUAGCCCUGCGUCGGCCAUUCGACCCGGUGGCGCACGACUUGGAAGCUAGUUUUCGUUUGACACGAUUUGCGGACUUAAAAGGAAGAAGCUGUAAAGUACCCCAAGAUGUUCUGGGCAAAUUGGUGGAGUCUCUACAGCAAGACUACUCACAACAAGAGCAGGAUCAGUUCAUGCAUGUGGCGAUACCACGCAUUGGCAUCGGUUUGGAUUGCUCGGUGACGCCACUACGACACGGCGGACUUUGUUUGGUGCAAACUACUGACUUUUUCUACCCGUUGGUGGAUGAUCCCUACAUGAUGGGAAAAAUCGCGUGUGCUAAUGUUUUGAGCGAUUUGUACGCUAUGGGCGUAACUGAAUGUGACAAUAUGUUAAUGUUGUUGGGAGUAUCAACAAAGAUGACAGAGAAGGAACGAGAUGUAGUUAUACCCCUUAUUAUGCGAGGAUUCAAGGAUUCUGCAUUAGAAGCUGGCACUUCUGUCACUGGUGGUCAAACAGUUAUCAACCCCUGGUGUACUAUUGGGGGGGUUGCUACUACAAUUUGUCAACCAAAUGAGUACAUUGUACCCGACAACGCUGUGAUGGGUGAUGUGUUGGUGCUAACAAAACCUUUAGGCACCCAAGUAGCUGUUAAUGCACAUCAAUGGCUGGAUCAGCCAGAACGUUGGAACCGAAUUAAAUUAGUUGUAUCUGAAGAAGAUGUUCGCAAAGCUUAUCACCGUGCUAUGGACUCCAUGAGUAGAUUGAAUCGUAUUGCAGCUCGCCUUAUGCACAAAUACAAUGCUCAUGGCUCUACAGAUGUUACUGGAUUUGGUUUGCUAGGUCAUGCACAGAACUUAGCGUCCCACCAAAAGAAUGAAGUAUCAUUUGUAAUCCACAACUUGCCCGUGAUAGCUAAAAUGGCAGCAGUGGCCAAAGCUUGUGGUAACAUGUUCCAGUUGCUCCAAGGUCAUGCUCCUGAGACCUCAGGCGGACUUCUAAUCUGCUUGCCACGAGAACAGGCUGCAGCAUACUGCAAAGAUAUUGAAAAGCAAGAAGGUUAUCAGGCCUGGAUCAUUGGUAUUGUAGAAAAAGGCAAUCGCACAGCUCGCAUCAUCGACAAACCCCGAGUUAUUGAAGUGCCCGCUAAAGAUUAAGCGUCAUGCAUUCAGACAUUUUAAAAGUUGAAGUUUUUUACAUUAUAAUUUUAACUUGUAAGGAACUUAAUGAAUAUUGCAGUUUCAUUUUAAAUGAUCUAUUAUGUAUAAUUUGAUGGUUCUCUGUUUUCUUAUAUGUAUGUAAUUAAUUCCUUGUAGCUAUAUGCCAUUUUUUUUUGUAACAUAAUGAAUAGCCAGAGUAUGUUCUGGUGGUAGAUAUAAGAAAGCUUUUAGAGAACUUGAUCUAGUGACAUUGGUGUUUAUAUUUGUAAGGCAACAUUAUUAAUAAGAUAAAAGAAAUAUUCCAUUAGGUACACAACCUAACAUUUGUUUGCAGCUUGAGAACUUUUCCUGCAAAUUGUGAGAGUAAGGAUUAUUAUUAGAAUAAAGUUAUUUUUCAGUCAAA